GUCAAGAAGCUGCAAGGAUGGAGAUCCGACCAGACAGGUUUAAGGCGCAGGCGGGCAAAACUCUGGGGAAAAUUCACAGGCUGAUCGAGAAGCGGCAGCCCAAUGGAGAAACCAUUGAGUUAUCGGCGGAGGGUCGUCCUGAGCUGGUGGAGGAGAAGGAGAUGCCGGUGGUUGACUGCACCUGCUUUGGCUUGCCGAGGCGGUACAUCAUCGCUAUCCUGUCUGGCCUAGGAUUCUGUAUUUCUUUUGGCAUCCGGUGCAAUCUGGGUGUGGCCAUAGUUAGCAUGGUCAAUGACCACACUGUCUACAAAGGCAACAAGGAAGUGCUUGUGGCUGCACAAUUCACCUGGGACCCUGAGACAGUGGGGAUGAUCCAUGGCUCCUUCUUUUGGGGCUACAUCGUCACACAGAUCCCAGGGGGCUUUAUAUGUCAAAAAUUUGCAGCCAACAGAGUAUUUGGCUUUGCCAUAGUGGCCACAUCCACCCUCAACAUGUUGAUUCCGUCUGCUGCUCGCUGCCAUUACAGCUGCGUCAUACUGGUCAGAAUAUGCCAAGGCCUUGUUGAGGGUGUAUCAUACCCAGCCUGCCACGGGAUCUGGGCAAAGUGGGCGCCACCUCUUGAGAGAAGUCGAUUAGCCACAACAGCCUUUUGUGGAUCCUAUGCAGGAGCAGUGGUGGCCAUGCCUUUAGCUGGGGUGCUGGUGCAAUACUCUGGGUGGCCCUCAAUAUUCUACGUCUAUGGCAGCUUUGGGAUAUUCUGGUAUUUGUUCUGGAUUCUGGUGUCGUAUGAGAGUCCCGCAGCCCAUCCCACCAUCACACCAGAAGAGAGGAAGUACAUUGAAGAUGCAAUUGGAGAAUCUGCUUCAUUUCUGAAUCCUCUCCAUAAAUUUAAAACCCCAUGGAGACACUUUUUCACCUCCAUGCCAGUCUAUGCCAUCAUUGUGGCCAACUUCUGCAGGAGCUGGACCUUCUACCUGCUACUCAUCAGCCAGCCGGCCUACUUUGAAGAAGUCUUUGGCUUUGAGAUCAGCAAGGUGGGCAUGGUGUCAGCUUUGCCCCAUCUGGUGAUGACAAUCAUCGUGCCCAUCGGAGGCCAGUUGGCAGACUACCUGAGAACACACAACCUGAUGUCCACCACCAACGUCAGGAAGCUCAUGAACUGUGGAGGUUUUGGGAUGGAGGCCACUCUCCUGCUGGUGGUGGGAUACUCUCACUCUAAAGCUGUUGCUAUUUCCUUUUUGGUCCUUGCUGUGGGUUUCAGUGGAUUUGCUAUCUCAGGAUUCAAUGUCAAUCACUUGGAUAUCGCUCCUCGAUAUGCCAGCAUACUCAUGGGAAUCUCAAACGGGGUGGGAACAUUAUCUGGAAUGGUGUGUCCUCUCAUAGUGGGAGCCAUGACCAAACACAAGACACGCGAGGAGUGGCAGGGAGUCUUCUUAAUAGCUUCCCUCGUUCAUUAUGGAGGGGUGAUUUUUUAUGGAAUCUUCGCAUCAGGAGAAAAGCAGUCAUGGGCGGACAUAGAGGACACCAGCGAGGAGAAGUGCGGUAUCAUCGAUGAGGAUGAACUGGCCAAUGAGACAGAGGAGAUGUACCGCGGAGGCGGGCAGUAUGGAGCCAUGAGCCAGCCGGUCGUUGGUUCCAACGGAGGAGGGGCCGGUGGAGGAGGAGCUGGGGCUGGAUGGGUGUCGGACUGGGAUAAGUCUGAGGAGUAUGUGCAGCCACCUGGAUACAACUCAUACAUGUAUGGGGGAGAAGAGGAGAGGGAGCUGACAUAGAAGAUUGAAGUCAUACAAGUUUUUCAAAAACAACAUAAAGAAAGGAGAAAGAUUGUUUUGGGAAAAGGGAUUGUAAGAAAGUCACUGCUAUACUGACUGGACCUGCUGUGCGCUUUUGUGCAAUAUUUACAGUUGCACAUUUCAAAAGUAUGGAUCUGAUCCAUUCCAUUGUCACACCUGUGUAUGUGAGUUUGUGUUUGUGUGUGUACAUGUGUGCGUGUGUUUAGGUAUGUGCAUGCUGGCGUUGCAGCGGUUCAUGUACACAAACACAUACAGUAUUCAUCUGCAAAAACUGAGCUCAUCUCCCAGACUUCCUUCCUGGUCCUGAGCUCAUUGUGAUUGGUCAGGAGUUGUGUUUCCAUCACUGAGGAGAUAUGUGUGUGUGUGUGUGUGUGUGUGUGUGUGUGUGUGUGUGUGCGUGCGUGCGUGCGUGCGUGCGUGUGUGCGUGCGUGCGUGCGUGCGUGUGUGUGUGCAGAAGUGUGUGACUUUUUGCCUGUACAGCAACUCUCUCAAGCCACUGGCAUUGUGUUAUGUUUAAAAUUUUAUGUGUAAUCCACACAUUUACUUAUUUGCUGGGAAGGCAUCCUUAGGUCCUCAGUUUUGAAACAUAAACCUUUAAACCUUACAACACUGUCCAAAUUUCUAAAUACAACAUGUGAUGUCCCAACUGUACAUUGCUCACACUCGUUUGUCUAGAGUAUAUCACACGCAAGGCUCUCAGAUGUAUAGAAAUCAUAUCAGUUCAGCAAUAAUAUAAUGCACACACUAAACGCAGCCAUGUCCAGCCAUUGGUGAUGCAUCCAGUUGUUUUCCUCUACCACUGAAACAUACGUUUCUGAAGCAUGCAUAGUUCUAGUAUGCUUGCACGUGGUAGAUAACAUGGGUUCAUUUAUUAGUCAUGUUUUAAACUACUUUCAAACUAUUCACUCGAAGAGGAAAAAGGUGCUUACAUGUUGUAUCAGUCUGUGUUUAUGUGUGUGUAAAGCUGUUAAAGCCUGUGUUACAACAGGCUCCCCUUUGUGUGUGUGUGUAUGUGUGUGUGUAUUUGUGUGUUUGAAUGUGCAAAGGUGUGUGUGUGUGAACUUGUGCACAAAGCUGCAUGUGGUGUCUAGCUGAAUCUCACCUGGGUCUGACCUAACUAGGUCACGUCCACGGGUCAUGGGUCACAGGAGUAAUCAUGUAGCAUUUGUGACUUUCCACUUGGUGUGUGUGCCCCCAUUAGAGAGGUGGCCCAGAAUGACAAGUAGAGUGUAAUAGUUGCUUAACCAGUGAGCAACAACAGUUAUAUUAUUCCCAGGCAUCACAGCACGUGCUGCCUCUGCUUCUGCCUUUUUUUUCUGUGUCUCUGUGGCCGCCUCACCCUUUGUCCUCCUCCCCUGUAUGUAACAGGAUGUUCCCUGGCUUCUCCUCUCUGUGCAGGCUGUCUUUAGUACCUACAUGUCAGUCAUGUUUGAAUUGGUGGGUCAGAGCUUUUCAGAUUGCCUAUGUGUGUGUGUUUGUGUGACAGUGAGUGUGUCGCUGUGUUGGGUGCAGGUGCUAAAACAUUGUGCGGUGAGCAUGUUUCAGUGAACACAGCAGUUGCAGUACCCCGCCAUCCCUCUCUUCCUUUUACAUACAAACACACAGGGUGAUAAUUCAAUGCUUCAACUACUUUGUGGAAGUAAGGUGGGAUCUGCAAAAAUCUAUUAUCAUGCAUUAAUAGAGGGUGUGGUGAGAUUUCAUAACAAUCAUGGCCAAUCACACCAGCUCCUCUAAUGCCCUUUAAAAUAAGCACCCUCUCCAUCUCGACGCACUGACAGCUGGGUAAUGGAGUGGAGGGUCCAGAGGGGCUUCUCCUGAGAGAGCACUAGCACUCUCAUACAGGAGAGGAGCUGUCAUAUUGUACAAGCCUCACAGUUUAGCUCUUUGCGUCUGUGCAUACAAUAAAUAAAGCCAACAUACUCAGACAUGAAUUGACAUGUGCAUGCAAGCACGCACAGACACACACACACAAACGCAAUUUUGUGCGUGUGCUCACAGGUCAUGUCAACACACAAGUAAUGUUUUGAAAUUUAAAAGAACAUUUGCAGAAAGCUCUUCACCAGAUCUAUAAUCUAUUUUAACUUACAGAGGGUUUGUGAUUUGAGCUCAAUUUUGAGAAAGAAAAAUACACUGCUGGAAUGUCAAAAAAAUGUUAUUAAUUGAAACGAGGGUCUAAUGGUAAAAUGUGCUGGUAUGUCAAUAAAGGAUUUUUCAAAUGUGAUUUAGGCAUAUUACAAUUUCUUUUGAGUGAAAUGUCUAUAAGACACGAAUGAUUAUUCCUGUGAACAAUUUCAUUUUUAAUUGUUGUGUCGGUGUAUUUUUAAUCAAGUUUCUCUUUGUCUCAGUUAUUGGAUGUUCCAAUGUUGUCCUCCUCCCUCUUGAUGAAAUGUAUGGUGGGAAUCAGUGUAAAGAAAAUAAAUCAAAUAAAAAAAAGGAAAUGAUCAUAUUUAAAAAUGAAAAAUAUA